GGCACCUUGAAAUGCUCUUCAGGCGCCUCCUGUUUCCAGCAGCAGCCACCUUAGGUAGGGCAGCAGAGGUUCGGAGUUUCACGUUGACUUCCGGAGCUGGUGGUGGCGUGCGACAUCUCUCAGUAAGCCCCCGCCGACAGCAGCUCGGUGCCUUUCUUCACGGUUCGGAACCGCUGUCGAGAUCUAGCACGGGACGCACAGUCUCCAAGGUCAGCAGGGGCAUGGCUACCGGAGAGGGAGCGGGUUUGGGGGAGAUCUUGAACCUCAAGACCGCGCAAGACGUGGUGGAUUUCUGGUUCGGCACCGACUUGGCUCGCCUGGCGUCGGACAAGGAGUACGGCCAGAGUUUCGGCGCAAAGUGGUUCGGCGCCGGCCCACCAGACCAGGCCUUCAUCGGCACCCAAAAUGCCUCCAAGGAGCUCGUGGCGAAGGCGGGAAGCGGCGAGCUGAAAGGAGAAGAGUGGGAAACUUCUAAAGGGGCUCUCGCCAGGCUUCUGCUGCUCGACCAGUUCCCUCGCACAGUCUACCGGGGCACGUCACAAGCGUUCGCAAAUGACGAGACGGCCGCAUCUUUGUCGCUCGAGAUAAUAUCCAAGGGCUGGGACACCGUGGAUGCCCAAAACUACACCUUUCAGCAGCGGUUGUUCGUGUAUCUCCCCCUCAUGCACUCGGAGAGGAUUGAGGCUCAGGACGCGGGCGUGUCCAAGGUCAAGGCCCUGGUGGACGACGAGAUGAAGGCCACCGGUAGCGCCAAUUCCUUGGUUCAUGAUAUGGCACUGGAACACCGCGGAGUCGUAGCCAAGUUCGGAAGGUUUCCCCACCGCAACGCCGCACUCGGACGUGAGUCCACCCCAGAAGAGCUGGAGUGGCUGAGCUCCGACGACAUCCCGGGUUGGGCAAAGAGUCAAAGCGCGUCUGAGCCUUCGUCGCCGAGUUGAGGUGGUUCGACGUGGUCGCGCUCAAGUGCAUCACCAUAUUGCCACUCCUUAGCUGCGGCUCUUUCGUAAUAAGUUCCCCUGUACGCAUGGUGCAGUACCGAAUCUCAUGUCCCUGGGUGUCUGAUACGGUCGCUGUUGCGAUCGGGUUGUUUUUCGUGCUUUGGGUGAGAAUUCGUUCGGUGCUUUCCGGGGCGCUGCGCUUACUUCGUACCUUCCUAGGGGAUGGGCCACUAGCCUGGUGCACAUGACUCCGUCCCGUUUCGCCUGAUGCGUUCGGUGGCUCUGUUUACCAAGCCCUCAAGCUUUCGUUUGCUCAAAAAAGGGUGACUGAAAGCAUGUACCGACAACGUAGUAUCGACGUGUAGCUACACUAGGGCUUGCGUAGCCGUUGUAGGGACAUAAUUAAGUGUCAAAAGAAUGUUGCUGUGGACAACUGUAGUAGAGCGGUACGAUGCACCCAUCGCGAGACGUCAGGAUAUAUCC